GGGGAAAGAGAGCAUGAAAGUGAGGUGUCUUGAUCAGUAGUGCACAUCUCCACCAGCCCUGUCCUGCUGUCUACCAUCACAGACAGAUGAUGUCAUCAGAGAUCUUGGUUCCCGGUUGGCUGCAGCAGCUGCUUGUUGUGCUGCUCAGAUUUACCUUGUCCUGUGCAGCCCUGGUGAACUCGACCAAUGGGACAGAGUGCAGCGCUCGAGGACCCGCGUCUUACAUCGUGGUGUUCACCGGCCACUGGAGUCCACAGACCUUCCCUAAACAGUAUCCCUUAUUCCGGCCACCUGCGCAGUGGUCCAAACUCAUGGUCGUGACCCAUAAUGAGCAGUACCAGCUGUGGCAGGAGGGGGCGCCGGCGAGCGAUGGCAUGAAGAGCUUCGCAGAGCAGGGACUCACAGUGGAUCUGGUCAAGGAUGCGAAGGAGGCAAGGAAGAGGCGAUCGGUGGGCUCCAUGUACCGUACAGCUGGAAUCCCGUCUGGCAUCGGUCACAGCUCCACAGAGGUGCUCCUGACUCCCAGGAGUCCUCUGCUGUCUCUGAUAGUGAAACUGAUCCCCAGUCCUGACUGGUUUGUGGGGGUUGACGGUCUAAACCUGUGUGAAGGAGGGAAGUGGAAACAGGAAGUGACCUUUGACUUGCACCCAUUUGAUGCGGGCACAGACAGCGGAUUCACUUUCUCCUCUCCAAACUUCCCUACAACACCUCCGGAAAACAUCACCAUGAUCACCUCUCAAAAGCCAAACCACCCGGCAAACUCCUUUUACUACCCUCGGCUAACUGAACUUCCGCCUCUGGCCACCAUAUGGCUGAAACGACAGGCCCGCUCGCCUGUCCGUCAACAGAACCGGUUGUCCAAUCACAUCCUCCCCGACGCAAGCAAACCUCACAGGUUUUCAGAAACGCCGCUGGACUGCGAGGUGUCGAUGUGGUCAUCUUGGGGUCUGUGUUUUGGGCCGUGCUCUCGAGGCGGACUACGCCAUCGCACCCGUUACAUCCUGCUGAAACCUGCCAACAGCGGUUCACCGUGUCCCGAGCUGGAGGAACAGGAGGAGUGCACACCGCACAACUGCCUGGCAGAUCAGUGAUGCAAACACUCCUGACGCUGUCCAAACGGAGAGCCCAGAUUAACCUCAUGCCAAAUGCCGAAUCACUGCGGCAGACAGCAGGAGAGCCAGAGACUGGAUGUCCCAGCACCUCUCCUCACUGGAAAAAGACAGCUCGUAUUCUGUUCAUAGAGACUUUGAUUAUGGGUGCUGUAAUCGCUGUAAUCUCUUUGUAUUUUUGCAUAAUCGCACACUAUUUUGCCAAUAUAGAUUUGUGGAAUAGAUAACUUGCAGUUGGCCGACCACUGUUUGUAUUAUAACUACACGAAUUAACAUACGCCUGCCUCUUAGAACUGCUACAGUUUUGAGUCUUUCUGGAAUAGUUUUGUGUUGAGUUUUGAAUUAAUGGCAGGCUGUACAAGUCAGCUAGUUGUAUAUUAGCAGUAAAAGAACACGUAAACCCAUAUAGAAAUCUGAUUUAGUGAAAUAUAUGCAAAUUACACAGAUAAAACACACAUUAUGUGUGGAUUUUACAUAUAUAAUGUAUAUCAGAGGUGCCCAAACUUGGUCUUGGAGGGCCGGUGUCCUGCAGAUUUUAGCUCGCAACUUUCCUCAUCACAACUGCAUGGAUGUUUCUAGAAAGGCUAUGCUGCGUCCAAAUUCACAUACUUAUACUACGCCCUAAAAAUAUGUACUUUCUUUGUGAAGGAAAAGUAUAUACUUUUGAGUGUGUAACAGAAGGGUAUGCAGGAUUUGGGACAUACUACUUCCUCGUUAACAGAUCGUUAUGAUGCUUACUUACGUCCCCAGUCAAUCAUCCACACAUCAUCUACAUUUCUGUUAUAUUUAAUUUCCUACCUUAUUGGAGAAAAAGCAGCAGGAUAAUCUCCCAUUCACGAGUCUUUCAUGCAGAGAAAUCUCCUCAGGUGUUUGGAUAAUUAUGCCUUCAGACGUUAUCAUGUACAAUCAUGUCUUCAUAUAAGUUCUUGUUGUUGUUGCAGAUGAAAUAUAACACAGAAAACACAAUUUAAAUAUUUUCCAGUGGGCUAGACAUUAAUUAACAGUCAUACAAACAACUUUAUCAAAGCCUCUCUACCUGAUGGUUGGUUUCGCACGUCCACCAUGUUUGUAGUUUGUUUACACAUUUCACCCGUUUGCUGUUCUAAUAAAAUUCACGUCCAACGCACAAUGAAUUGUGGGCAAGAUCAGCGAUUUCAGAAGAGACGGUGUGGUUUUUUACAGGAAAAUAGUAAACCAUCAGGAACCAUUGGUAUACUCUUUUCAACAUACUACAGUUUGGGACAUACUAAUUCUAUUUUCAAAUACUAUUUAGGACGGAUAGUAUGCGAAUUGUGACGCAGCACUAGUAAUAGUUUGAUUAGCUAGCCCAGGUGUGUCUGAUUGAGGUUGCUGGGGUUGCUAAACUUUGCUGGACACUGGCCCUCCAGACCCCAGUUUGGACACCCCUCAUGUAUAUGAAAUAAAAGUUGCAUAUAUGACAAAAUUUAGCAAAAAUGGCUUUUUACAUAAAUAUUUUUGUAACCAGUAGAAUUACAAAUAUAUACAGUGCUCAGCAUAAUUGAAUACACCCCAUUUUGAAAAUGAAUAUUUUUCUCCAUUUCUCAGUGAAUAUAAGCAAUGUAUUUUGGUAUAUGAAAACAAAACAGAUUUAUUAAACAUACAUAAUUAUUAAAAUAAUAUUUUAGUCACCAAACAUUUUUAGAAAUUGAAAGAUAAUACAAUUAAAUUCAAGCAAAAUAUUGCAAAAAUAAAUUACAACCUACAAAAUUUCCACAAAAAAUUAUUAUGUAUUUUUCAAUAACAUCUAAAUUUGGCUGUACUAGUUUUUGAACUGUUAUUGUAAGUUCAUUUGUUAGAUAAGCUGCUGAUUUGGCUUCAGUACUGACUUAUCAAAUGGAUAUGCACAAAUAUAAUAUUGUAUAGCUUCCUGUUAAAAUUAUGAAUGUAAAAGAUAAAUUUGUGAGGGGUGUACUUAUAUAUGCUGAGCACAUAUAUCAAUAUUAUUAUUAUUAUUAUUGUAUAUAUGUUCAAUAAUAAUUGAACAUAUAUACUACUGGAUAAAUUUCCAGUUCAUUCCCCUGUGGCGACCCCUGAUUAAUAAAUGAACUAAGCCGAGAAGAAAGUGAAUGAAUGAAUGAAUGUUCAUAUAUGGCCAUGUAAAAUUAUAGCUAAUAUAUUUAAACAUACAGUGUUCAGCAUAAAUGUGUAGUCCCCUAUUGAAACAUCAAUAUUUUAUUCAUUUCUCAGUGAAUAUAGACUAGAAUUUUUGUGCUUUUAAACAAAACCAUUUUAUACUUCAUUUAUAUCCAUUAAAAUAAGAUGAUUGUAUGAUUUGUUCAAACAAGUUAUUGCAAAAAAAAAAAAACUAAAAUAAAUGAACCUUUUCUUGAUUUUUUUCCUGUUUAUUAAAAAUAUUGUUUAAUUUUUCCCCAACAUAUUAUUUUGCGUGUUCUAAUUUUUAGACCAUGAUCUUUUAUUUUUGUUAUUUUAUUUUGAAAUUAUUUUGUUAGAUUAGUUUCAGUUUUGUCUUUACUGACUAAGCUAAUGUAUAUGGACUACUAUAUUAUUGUAAAGUAUUGAAUUUACAACAGAGAUCUGUGAGGGGUGCACUCUUUUAUGCUGAGCACUGAAUGUCAUAUAUGUAGUUUACAUAUAUUGCCAUAUAUCAGCAUUCUAUAUGUGAUAGCACCUCAACUCUCUCAUACAGACAUAAUAAUGUUCAAAAUGCAGUAUAUGCGUAGAGUUUGCAAUAUUGUGUGCUGAUAUAUCAUGUCAUUUAUCAAAUAGGGGACCGUCUAGAUGUUGCAUACACUACCUGUCAGGAGUCAGUAGUCAUUAAGAUGUUUAAUGUUUUUGAAAUAAGUCUCUUAUGCACACCCACUUGAUUAAACAAAGUAAAAGCAAUAAUAUUGUGAAAUAUUUCACAUUUUUCAAGUGUUUUCUAGUUGGAUAUAUUUGCAGUCUUCAGUGUCCUUCACAUAAUCCUUCAGAAACCAUUAUAAUGUGAUGAUUUGCUCCUCGGGGAACAAUAAUUAUCAAUUUUGACAAUGACUGUGCUGCUUAAGAUGAUAUAUUUUUAAUGAAUGGUAUAAAAAAUCCAUUUAUUUAGUUAGUUUUUUUUUGUAACAUUCUUUAAAAGAUUAAUUCAGUUCCAGAACUAAAGUUUUGCCCCUUUUCAUCCAAGAGAUUUAUUUCUUUAUUUCCUAAGUAGAAAAGAGACAGAUUUUAGAGAAUAACAUCCAUUUUCUCCACAUAAUAGCCAUAAUAAUAUGGUGCUCAGUGAGUUUAAAUGCAGCUCCAAAGGGCUCUACAUGAUCCUACCCUGGGAAUAAGGGUCUCUCCUAACAAAACAAGAUAGAGACAGAAGGUUAAAAGGUUUAUAAAUUAGAAUUGUUAUUGGUGUAAAGAACAUUUUAAUAAUCUUAAUAACUCUUUAAAGAACCUUUAGUGGAAUGAAAAGUCUCCAUGGAUGGUAAAAAUUCUUCGUCAAUAAAAAGGGUGUUUUUAAGUGUGUAUUAAAACAGAGAAAAAAGUUCAAUUGUAAAUAAUAAUUCACUAUAUUACUGGUUUUACUGCAUUUUAUUCAGUCUUGGUGAGCAUGACAGACUUAUUUAAUAAAUAAAAAUGUAAAAAUUUCAAACUUUUGACCAGUCGUGUAAAUAUGUUGUAUU